AUCCGAUUCGGCGCACUCGAAAAGCUCGCUCGCGAAAAGCAAAGCUUCGCAUCCAGCGUAUAAAAGAUACAAUGCAGCUGCAGUCGAACCUCAGUUCUAAGCCAGAAGUAGAACGGAUACGCGCGCAUUCCGUGGAUAGCAAUCGUAUCUCCCCGCAGCUUGCACUAUGAAUCACCACUCCAGCUCGCACCUGUGGCUUAUCCCCCUCGUAUUUGGGGCGCUGUGGGUGGCCCACGCCCAGGUGCCGUUUCCCGGCAAGUGUCCACAAGUUAAGCUGCUGGACACCUUCGACGCGGAAGCGUACAUGGGCGUCUGGUACGAGUACGCGGCCUAUCCAUUUGCAUUCGAGAUCGGCAAGAAGUGCAUCUACGCCAACUACAGUCUCAUAGACAACAGCACGGUUUCGGUGGUGAAUGCGGCAGUCAAUCGAUUCACCGGGCAACCCUCGAAUGUCACUGGGCAGGCCAAGGUCCUUGGACCCGGUCAACUGGCGGUGGCCUUUUUCCCCUCGCAGCCAUUGACCAAGGCCAACUACCUGGUUUUGGGCACCGAUUACGAGUCAUACGCCGUCGUCUACAGCUGCACCGGUGUAACGCCUUUGGCCAAUUUCAAAAUUGUUUGGAUCUUGACGCGUCAGCGCGAACCUUCGGCGGAAGCUGUGGAUGCGGCCAGAAAGAUCUUGGAUGACAACGACGUAUCCCAGGCCUUCCUCAUCGAUACUGUCCAGAAGAACUGUCCCGGGCUGGAUGGCAAUGCCACUGGGCUCGAUGUGGAUGACUUUGUGUCCUCCACCGUGCCGAAUGCCAUCGAAAAGGCAUGAGAGUGGCUUCGACGCCUCUACGAGCGUCUGUACGACAUUUUUAUGAACUUCCUGAGUUACUGAGUGUCAUGUUAUCGCAGGGAUCACAUAUCGAUUGUUCAAUGUUCUUUGGGGCUCCAGUUUUAGCUUGUUGUUACUACGAGGAAUAAAUACGAAGAAAAUCGA